AUGACUUACACACAGUUUCCUCGCAAUUGUCUAGCAAACGUGCGAGGGAAAUAUUCGUCGCAAAAUUUGCGACGGAAUAGCGAGUUGGUCAUGUUCCCUCGGAGAGAUCUAUUCGUCGGCGAAGAAGAGGUUUGUCGGAGAGAUCUAUUCGUCGGCGAAGAAGAGGUUUGUCGGAGAGAUCUAUUCGUCGGCAAAUUUGAGGUUUGCGGAGAGAACAAUUCUUCGUCGAAUUUGAGUUUUAUCAGAGAGAAUAAUUCGUCGGCGAAUUUGAAGAUCUAUUCGUCGGCAAAGAAGAGAUUUGUCAGAGAGAUCUAUUCGUCGGCGAAGAAGAGGUUUGUCGAAGAGAUCUAUUCGUCGGCGAAUUUGAGGUUUGUCGGAGAGAAUAAUUCGUCGGCGAAUUUGAGUUUUAUCGGACAGAACAAUUUGUCAGCGAAUUUGAGUUUUAUCAGAGAGAACAAUUCGUCGGCAAAUUUGAGUAGUUUCCUCGCAAUUGUCUCGCAAACGUGCGAGGGAAAUAUUCGUCGCAAAGUUUGCGACGGAAUAGCGAGUUGGUCAUGUUCCUUCGGAGAGAUCUAUUCAUCGAAGAAAAGGUUUGUCAGAGAGAUCUAUUCGUCGGCGAAGAAGAGGUUUGUCGGAGAGAUCUAUUCGUCGGCGAAUUUGAGGUUUGUUGGAGAGAACAAUUUGUCGGCGAAUUUGAGUUUUAUCAGAGAGAACAAUUUGUCGGCGAAUUUGAGUAGAAUAAGUUAUCGUCGCAAGUGCGUUGCAAUUUGUAGGGGAACUCAGUUUCCCGCAAAGCCCUCGCAAAUUUGCGACGUUUUUGCGGGGAAUCAUUGGCUCGCAAAUUUAGAGAUCUAUUCGUCGGCGAAGAAGAGGUUUGUCGGAGAGAUCUAUUCGUCGACGAAGAAGAGGUUUGUCGGAGAGAUCUAUUCGUCGGCGAAUUUGAGGUUUGUCGGAGAGAACAAUUCGUCGGCGAAUUUGAGUUUUAUCGGAGAGAACAAUUCGUCGGCGAAUUUGAGUAGAAUAAGUUAUCGUCGCAAGUGCGUUGCAAUUUACGGGGGAACUCAGUUUCCGCAAAGCCCUCGCAAAUUUGCGACGUUUUUGCGGGGAAUCAUGACUUCCACGCAGUUUCCUCGCAAUUGUCUCGCAAAUUUGCGAGGGAAAUAUUUGUCGCAAAGUUUGCGAUUGGUCCUGUUCCCUCGGAGAGAUCUAUUCGUCGGCGAAGAAAAGCCCUCGCUAAUUUGCGACGUUUUUGCGGGGAAUCAUGACUUCCACGCAGUUUCCUCGCAAUUGUCUCACAAAUUUGUGAGGGAAAUAUUCGUCACAAAGUUUGCGACGGAAUAUCGACUUGGUCCUGUUCCCUCACAAUCCUCUCGCAACUCUGUAGCAAUUUGA